AUGGCAUCUCCCGCCGCGAAGCAUUUUCCUGACCGUCCUCAAUUCUCGGACUUCAUGAAACCAUGCCGAUUUGAAGGAGAAGUUCAAAACUUGGAGGUGCAUGGCGAUCUGCCCAGUGAUAUCAAUGGUACUUUCUAUCGUGUCAUGCCUGAUCCUCAGUUGCCCCCUUUCAUCGACAAUGAUCCUUGGUUCAACGGAGAUGGAAAUGUCAGCGCUUUCCGCAUCAAGAAUGGAUCGGUGACCUUUCAGCAAAAAUAUGUCCGCACCGAGAAAUUUGUACGCGAGAGAGAAGCCAGCCGUGCGCUUAUUGGCAAAUAUAGAAAUAAGUUCACUGACGCGGUGGAGUUCACCGUGAGAAGUACUGCCAACACGAAUGUUGUCAGCUUCAACGGCCAGCUCUUGGCGCUCAAGGAGGACUCUCCUCCAUAUGCAAUGGAUCCGAAGACUCUGGAAACAAAGGGCUUAUACACCUUUGACGGCCAGCUUCCUAGCGUGACUUUCACGGCCCAUCCGAAGACUGAUCCAGUGACCGGGGAGCUCAUUUGUUUUGGUUACGAGGCCAAGGGAGACGGGACCCCCGAUAUUUGUUAUUACACUAUUGGUCCGGAUGGCAGGUUUACCCAGACUUUGUGGCUCGUAGGCCCUGUCUGUGGGAUGAUACAUGACUUCGCAGUGACGGAGAACUGGGUUCUCUUCCCUGUGAUCCCCCAGUUGUGUGAUCUGGAACGGUUGAAGCAGGGUGGCGAACACUGGCAGUGGAGCCCUGAAACCCCAUUCUAUAUCGGAGUGAUCCCGCGCUACGGUGCCAAGCCCUCAGAUGUCAAGUGGUUUACCUACAAGAAUUCUUUCCCUGGCCAUACGGCCAAUGCCUUUGAGCACGAAGACGGCAAGAUUAUCUUUGAUCUUGGACUGAGUGACAAGAAUGUCUUCUAUUGGUGGCCCGAUGCUCAGGGAAGGUCGCCUGAUCCUAGGACAAUCCACAGUCAACUCACACGCUUUACCGUGGACCCCAACGCGGAAGAAGGCAGUCUUCCUGAACCAGAGGUUUUGCACGAUGGAAAUUCAGAAUUCUACCGCAUUGAUGAACGGUUUUCUGGGAAAAAAUACCGCCAUAGCUACUUCGAUCUCAUGGACGCCCGCUUGGGAACAGACUUUCAAGCAAUCGGCCCGGUCAUGGGCGGAGGAUAUCCUCCCUACAACGCGCUAGCACAUUACGAUGGAAGCACGGGCAAAACAGAGGUCUACUUCCCGGGACGCACACAUCUAGUGCAGGAACCGGUUUUCAUCCCGCGGGCGGGCUCUACAGAGGAAGGUGAUGGAUAUUUAAUGGCCUUGGUGAAUAACUAUCGCACCAUGUCCAGUGAAUUGCAUCUCCUAGACUGCCGAGAUUUCAGGAAGGUCCGGGCGACUAUCUUGCUCCCCUUGAGACUCCGAGCCGGCUUGCACGGGAAUUGGGUCGAUAACUAA